UGCUGCUUACUUCCUUCACUGUCGCCCGAUUCUCCUGCAGACUAUCGAUCGUACCACCAGGACUUCUAGAACCCGGCGGUCACACCAGGGCGCUCACCAGGCACAAAUGAGCUGAUUGAGCAUCUCUCUAUCGAGCCCUCCAGACGUUGCAACUCAACUGAGUAUACCCGUCAGAAAGGUCAACACCAUGGGACCGAGUUCCGAGCUGGAGGCCAAAUAUCCCAUUGGGAGCAGGCCGAAAAUCUCUUUCAUACCAUACCUUAUCUUCUGUUCCUAUCUGGUCAGCUUGAUCGGAUCCGCUACGACCGUGGAGCUAUUACAUCGAAGAGUGUCCGGCUCGGGAUGGAGAGCAUGGGUGCAAAUCGCUGGCUGUUCGGUUUCGUUCGGCCUGGUAGCGAUUUGGUGCAUGCAUUUUGUCGGCAAUCGAGCUAUCGUUCUCGGCGACGGUGAAGCCGAGAUUCAACUAUAUUACAGUCCUGCGUUCACUACGCUCUCCGCUAUCAUUCCGGUAGUGGCCAUCUUUCUAGGACUCAUGGUCGCUGAUCGCUUCUACAAGCGAAGCAAGCAUGCCGCUGUUCGCAUUGCCUCGCUUGUCGUCUGCGGCAUCUGUGCUGGUGCAGCUAUUACUGAGAUGCACUAUCUUGGAAAUAACGGCACCACAAACUAUCGCCUGCAUCUCAACUGGUCGCACGUAUUCGGUGCCGCAGGCAUCGCGGUAGGCGCUAGUCUACUAUCUUUCGGUCUCUUCUUCCACUGGAGCGGAUUAUGGUUGAACAAUAUUGCCAGACGUGCUGUGGUAGCUUGUUUCCUAGCUUUGGCUGUUUCGGGCAUGCACUGGACUGGUGCUGCCGGCACUUGGUACGAAGUGCGAGGUUAUCAUAAUGGGUCUGGUCAAGAACGAAACAUUACGCUAAUCAUCGCUCUUUGCCUGUGUUUGAGCGCUUGUUUUGUAUGCUUCUUGCUCGGUUUCCUGAAGCAGCGCCAUCGUCGACUGCUUAAAGAUCGCGCUCAGCAGGUCGUACUCGCAUGCGCUACUUUUGACGAGAAUGGCAAACUCCUUGUUAGUCAAGGUGGUCUUCUGCCUUGCCAAACGAUUACCCGACAGUUCCAUCAGCGGACGUUCGACGACGAGUUCAAUAAUGCGCACCCUGUGUUUCAAUGGAUAUUCAGAGUGUCUCGCCAUUGGGGAGGAAUCGCCGACCUAGUACCAUCGAUGCGAGAACACCUACACAGCACGGGCUACUUGCAAACGACAUCGCCCUCUACAGCGGCGGAAAGCCGCAGUUCUUUCAGCUCGGAGGAUGACUCGACCUACUCUGCAACAUUCCGUGAGCUUUUCUGCGUCACCGCUUACGAAAUUGCAAAAACGCUCGAUACCAGUCUCCAGAAUCUUGGGUGUCUUUACGGGGAGGUUGUAACGACGGGUACCUCUAUGUCGAUGGCAAGAGCCGUAUUCAAAGAUGCACACGAUCGCAAGGAGAUCCUCGCUGCUGAAGUUGCGAACAAAGACAUUGAAACCGGCAUGGCUAACCCAAUCCUGUUUGGCCGUGGGCAAAUGUUAGUCUUGACGAAGAUGGCUAAUGCCACCGAGGUGAAGCGUUUGCAAAAUUUGGGUUACCAUUUUGCGAACAUUGACCAGGUUGGCGACAAUCUCGCGAGAAGUUUACAAGUAACGCGGGAGGACCUACAUGAAAUGGUGGAGAGCUGGCAUACUUACUCGAAAAUGGGGCCAUCCGUUCCGUCAAGCGGGACUUAUCUCGCAUCUUUCCUUUUGCAACCUGCACCAGGCAUGCGCGGUCUCGACAUUAUCGUACCCCGGGCCAACCCGGAGAGACUGCCCAUGGUCAAAUUGGCAGAUGGUGAACUCAGUUUGCGUGAGCUGAAGCUUUUGGUUGGCUUCAAUAGCCUGUCGUUGGACGACUGUCUCGCGCGUACAGGCCAACGCACUGGCUUAGAAACCGAAGAGGAGGACGCUUUCUUGGAAAGGUUCCGCAAUACGAUGCUCGACCUAUUACAUGAUGCACCAGAGUCCGCAUUACAUCGCGCCAUUUUCUCUGCAAAGCAGCUGGACAUUGUGCACGGCGUUGCUGGUCCACAAGAACGCAGCCCCGCCACCGUAUUCGCCUUCUGUGGCAUCAAGGAGAUCUACAUCCAGUCUCUGCAGAGCACAGCUUUGAAGUGUGUUCCCAUGUCUUUCUUCCAGACCUGCCUCAGAUCUUACCCUGGUAGUCCGGAUCAUCAAAUUCUAGCGAUCAGGAAUCACAAAGAGUUUUCCACCCUCACACGGACUCCAUCUAUCACCAAGGAGCCGGAGAAGCGCAAUAAGAGGUGGAAUUUCAGGCUGCGACCACACCGAUCGAUGUCAUCCGACAUGACUUUACAACCCGAUUCAUGCUCGGAGAAGGGUUUGGUGAAUCCAUCCGCCGAAGCAAGCAAUAUUCACCCUUGGGGUGGCAUCAUGGUGACUUCCACUCAGCAGAUUGUCCACAACAACUCCCAGAAAUCAGGAUCCACGAUGGAGCUGCGGGACAUGGGUGUCAAGUCUGAAGCCGGUGUCGCUGACACGGAGCAGCUGACUUUGGGAGACAGAUUGAUGUCUAUAACAACGGCGUUCCGCGACCCGCACGCGACACGAGCGCUUCCUAAAGACUUGUACUACGGAAGGAAAUAGAAUUCGCACGAAGACCGUUUCUUAACACUGGCAUUGUUGGCGUUUAUUUAAUUCUGGGAUACCCACUAUUAUCCGGCGCAUAUGGGACUUUGGUAACAAAGAUGGGAGUGUUGAAAACCAUGGACAGCAUCGGACUACUGUAUAUAAAUAGCUACUUGAUGGAUGAGGUGUACAUGAUAUAAUUAAGAGUUGUCUUGAGCAUGUACUUUCUGAUGUUCAAA